GCAAUCAACACCAAUAAUCAAACACUUUCUGAACAAAAAAAAAGGACUACUGUUCCCGAACAAUUUCUCUCCGAUCAAAGCUAAUAAGCUAUUUCAGCUCACAGAGAGACAAAGAGGAGAGACUAAACCAAGCCAGCACAGAUUUUUUCCAAUACAAGUAACUGAAAUUCGCUCAAGCAAAGCAACGCAGUCACUGGUUCAAGAAAAAACAGCCAGCAUAUUAGUUUUUGCUGCAAUUCUCUCUUUGCAUCUGAAAGGACCCAUUUCUUACCGAUAUUCCUGCUGUUAUCACUCGGCAUCGUUUCUUGAGGUGGAUUUCUUGGUUUUACCUUUGCAUAAAGUAUUGAGUUUAUGAACUGUGCCUCAAGCUUGCACUGUGUCAAUGGCAACUGCUCAAACAGUAUUACCAGUUUGUGGUGGUAAUAUACGUUGCUUUCUUAGUUCAAAGCCCCGUCUCAGCAGAUCUUGGUCAGGGUCUCAUUCUCGGUCUUUUGUGAAAUAUAAAAGAAGAAAGGCUGCAGCUUGUUUCGAACCUAUCAACUUCUUCAAAAAACCAUACAACGAUAGUUCUUGUCAGUUUCUUCGUUCAGUCACCUCCAACCGCUUGGGCCUUAGCAGAUGCAACUGCGAACGAGCUGAGAGUUUGAGAGGAUUAACAUCCGAGGACGGGUUUGGGACAUCCAACGGUGGGAUUCAUAGCAAUGGAACUAUAUUGCGUGAGGGUAACACAGAUUCUAUUGAGGAUGAAGCAUGGGAUCUGCUAAGGGAAUCAAUCGUGUACUAUUGCAAUAGCCCUGUAGGUACGAUCGCUGCAAAGGACCCCUCUGAAUCCACCAAUGUUCUCAACUACGAUCACGUUUUUAUCCGUGAUUUCAUACCUUCUGGCGUCGCUUUCCUGCUUAAGGGGGAGUAUGAUAUUGUUCGUAACUUUCUUCUUCACACUCUUCAGCUGCAGAGCUGGGAGAAAACUAUGGACUGCCACAGCCCCGGUCAAGGGUUGAUGCCGGCUAGUUUUAAGGUGCGGACGGUGCCUCUGGAGGGGGACGACACUGCAACAGAAGAAAUACUGGAUCCCGACUUUGGGGAAGCAGCAAUUGGGCGUGUAGCGCCCGUCGAUUCUGGUCUCUGGUGGAUUAUCUUGUUACGGGCGUAUGGAAAAUGCUCGGGGGAUAAAUCUGUUGAGGAGAGAAUAGAUGUCCAGACUGGAAUUAAGAUGAUCCUUAGACUGUGUCUCGCUGAUGGUUUUGAUAUGUUUCCUACGUUAUUGGUGACCGAUGGUUCUUGCAUGAUUGAUCGCCGUAUGGGAAUACAUGGCCACCCAUUGGAGAUUCAGGCUUUAUUCUACUCUGCAUUACUAUGCGCACGUGAAAUGCUUGCUCCAGAGGAUGGAUCAGCCGACCUUAUCAGAGCAUUAAACAACCGUCUUGUUGCAUUAUCAUUUCAUAUUAGAGAAUAUUAUUGGAUCGAUAUGAAGAAACUCAAUGAGAUAUACCGAUACAAGACUGAGGAAUACUCAUACGACGCUGUUAACAAAUUCAAUAUCUACCCCGAUCAGAUUCCUCCUUGGCUCGUUGAAUGGAUGCCUCACACAGGAGGCUAUCUAAUUGGAAACUUGCAGCCUGCUCACAUGGACUUCCGUUUCUUCUCUCUGGGAAACCUGUGGUCUGUAGUUAGCAAUCUUGCUACACCGGAGCAAUCACACGACAUAUUGGACCUUAUUGAAGCUAAGUGGUCGGAUUUGGUGGCUGACAUGCCGUUUAAAAUAUGCUAUCCCGCUCUUGAAGACAAGGAGUGGCAGAUCAUAACUGGCUGUGACCCCAAGAACACGCCUUGGUCCUAUCACAAUGGUGGUUCCUGGCCAACUCUUCUUUGGCAGCUAACUGUUGCUUGCAUCAAAAUGGGACGACCCGAGAUUGCGGAAAGAGCCAUCAAGACUGCAGAGAAACGCAUUUCGAAAGACAAGUGGCCGGAAUAUUAUGACACGAAGAAAGCAAGGUUCGUUGGGAAGCAAGCCAGGCUAUUCCAGACAUGGUCUAUUGCAGGAUAUCUCGUCUCCAAGCUUCUACUCUCCAACCCUAACGCGGCCAAAAUGUUGACGACCGAAGAGGACUCUGAGCUCGUCAAUGCCUUCUCGUGUGCGGUCAGCAGCUCGAGCCCAAGGAGAAAACGGGGCCCGAAGAGUUCCCAGAACCAGAAGGCUUAUAUAAUUUGAGGAUUAGCCACUUAUAUAUGGAACAGGUUAGCACUUUCAAGAUGCUUAUAAUUUACUCUUUAAAGCAAGGGUGAUUAUUUAUUGGUUUGAUUAACUAAACUGAAGUGUUCAGCUUGAUCACUGAAAUUAAGAAUGUUUUAUGAGAUUAAGAAUAGGGGUGUAUUUUAUGAGAUUAA